AUGCAUAGCUUGUAUUCACGAAGUACGCCAUCUUUAGAAAAACAGAGAACAUUAUACGAUGAUCACUUACAUUUUGAUAAUUAUAUUUGUGAUACUAGAACCAGAAAAUUUAAUCAAAAAUAUCUGGAUCACAAUAAUUACCAUAGAGAUAAUAUAUAUCAUGACUAUAUUGAAGGAUGUACUUAUCAAGAUGAACGCUAUGGUCCAGAUAAUGAAGAUAGGCAGUGGGAUAGUGGAGGAAGAUGGUUUUCGGAAUUAUAUAACGAAAUCAAAAGUAAUAAAAAAAUCCUGCCUGAAAGACCUUUUUCUAGUAUUGACAUUCACCGACCUGAUUAUGGACCAGCAAUUGCAAGACAAUGUAGUUGUGAGUCAGAAGAUUAUGAAUAUAGCGACAGCAGUACACGUAAACGAAAAUUUUUACAACCUCAACAACAUCCAUUCUCGCGUUUAGAAGGAUCAGGAAAAAAAUUACCACCAACUCCAACAAAGUCGAGUAGUAGCAUUAUUGGGCAGAAACCUACAUCACUUCCAUCUACUCCUGCAAGAUAUCUACCACGACCAACAACUUCUUUAAAGGAAUCAUGUUGCAGUAAGUUAAGUUAUAAUGAGGAUUACAAUUACGCGUAUUACAGUCAAGAUAACCUACAACAUGGUAUUAGUGGUAUUAGCAAUGCGAUGCAUAUCAUUAAUGAUAUUCCAAGUUAUCAGCCUAAUACGAAUGAUGUACCACAAAUGCCCCAUAUAAACUAUGAUACACUUUAUUUAGAAUCGAAGGUACAAGAUGCCCAUAAAAUAGUCGAAAAGUUUUCACACAAUGCAGAUUACCAAUCGCCGUAUCAUCAUUUAUUUAAAUCUGGUUUUGAAAAAACAUAUACUAAUCCAAGUGGUAAUUUAAAAGUCAGUGAAUCUUUACCAACUUAUCAACAUGAAGAUACUCAUAAUAUAAUUACGGAUGAUAGCCUGCAGACUCUAUCAUAUGACCAAAACAAUAUCCGACGACCGUUUCAAUCUUUCAUUACGCGGCAAUGUCACAAUGAACAAAAUAAAGAUGAAUAUGUAAAUCAGUGUUUUGAUGGUAAAUGUCCGAAAGAAUAUUUAGAUUCCUCGUGUAAAAAUAAUGAGCAUUUAAUCUAUAGUAAACAAUUUAUAACAGAUAUAUAUAAUCAAUCAGUCAUUCCAGAUAUGUAA